AUGCUGCUCAGGGAUCUGGACCUGGAGCAGGUGACGGACCGCAAUGUGGAGAACCUGUCUGGUGGGGAGCUGCAGCGCUUCGCCAUCGCGGUAGUCGCCUGUCAGCAGGCUGAUGUGUAUAUGCUAGACGAGCCGUCAUCGUACCUGGAUGUACGGCAGCGACUCAAGGCAGCGCAGGUGAUCCGGUCGUUAUUGGACGUGGACAAGUUCGUCAUUGUUGUAGAGCACGACUUGUCCGUGCUGGACUACCUGUCAGACUUCAUCUGCUGUCUUUACGGCAAGCCGGGAGCGUACGGCGUCGUGACGCUGCCGUUCAGCGUCAGGGAGGGCAUCAACAUCUUCCUGGCGGGUUUCGUGCCCACUGAGAACCUGCGCUUCCGCGAGGAGUCGCUCAGCUUCAAGGUCACGGAGCAGACGGACGCCGCUGAGGUCGUCAAGAAGUUUAGCCGCUACAAGUACCCCAAGCUCAAGAAGACACAGGGCAACUUCACGCUUGAGGUGGAGCCGGGCGAGUUCACGGACAGCGAGAUCCUGGUCAUGCUUGGCGAGAACGGAACCGGCAAGACGACCUUUAUCCGCAUGCUGGCGGGCGCCCUGCCCUCUGACCUGGCUGAGGGUGAAGACGGGGAGCUUUCGGAGCUGCCCCAGUUCAACGUCAGCUACAAGCCGCAGAAGAUUUCCCCCAAGUUCGAGGGGACCGUACGGCAGCUGCUGCACAAGCGCAUCCGAGAGUCGUACAUCCAUCCGCAGUUCAAUGCGGAUGUGAUGAAGCCGCUCAGCAUUGAGGCGCUGAUGGACCAGGAGGUUCAGAACCUGUCGGGUGGUGAGCUGCAGCGUGUGGCCAUCACUUUGGCACUGGGGCAGCCGGCUGACAUCUACCUUAUCGACGAGCCGUCGGCUUACCUGGAUAGCGAGCAGCGCAUCAUGGCCGCCAAGGUCAUUAAGCGCUUCAUUAUGCACUCGAAGAAGACGGCGUUCAUUGUGGAGCACGACUUCAUCAUGGCGACCUACAUGGCCGACCGGGUCAUUGUGUACGAGGGAGAGCCGUCCAAACACGCCUUUGCUCGUACGCCGCAGAGCCUGCAGACGGGCAUGAACCAGUUCUUGCGCAACCUGGACAUCACCUUCCGCCGCGACCCCACCAACUACCGCCCCCGUAUCAACAAGUGGGGCUCCACCAAGGACCGCGAGCAGAAGGAUGCAGGGACCUUUUACUACAUUGGUGACGACUAAGGGGCAACCAGUAGUCCGUGACUGCAAGUGGGUUGCGUAUGCUGAUGGUGGCUGUUGCGGCUUGCACGGCGGCAGCAGCCUGCUAAUCGCCGCAGUUAUGGCCACCAGAAACGGUUUUCAUUACGAAUGGCGGAUUCACACCAGGGCAGGCAUAGAGGUUCGGGGCCUCCGAGUGCGCAACGACAGUCGAUGGUAGAUGGUAUGUUCGCCCCGCGGUGUUCACUACACGGUAGGCACCGGCGAUGUGGGCAAUCCCAGGACCGGGAUCUCGGCCGCUCUGGCGGUUGGGCUGCAGCGACCUGCUGGGUGUGGGAUUAGCGCUGGAGCCUGCCCACACGGCGACGGAUGAACGAGAGAGGAAUGAGGCUAUCUGCUAGUCUCUGCUGAAAGCGCGCGGGCGGCAUGCAGAUGGGCUUCUCGAUGGUGCAACCGACGAAGAUCGUGCCGAUAGUGGCUCAGCAGCGAGAAGUCCAAGAAGGACAGGGCAGGGAGGCUUUGCAGGUCCUUUUUGAAGGACGCACCAAUGUGUGCUGGGAUGGACGAUCGCCGAUGCAGCACGCGGAGGGGGUCUGGCUCGCCACAAGGAUGGCGGCGUGGACGGAGAUUUCUUGUCCUGAAUGGCGUUCAGUGGGGGGGGAAAGCUAAGGGAGAAGGUAGUUAGGCAAAGAGACGGCCUUCAGUGCAGCAAUUGCUGGUCACGGUUUUUCCGGACGCAUUCUGCAAUGCGGUUGUGGUCACCGGCACGGGCGGGCAUGGUGGUUGUCUGGGCGGUUACUGCAGCAGGGAAAAGGAACCGUGGGACUGGAAGUGGCAGUGCGGUGGCGGGAUGGAGAGGCAAAAAGGGCAAAGUGGAGAAAGGAGCAACCACGCAACCUGAAGGAGAGGUGGCGUGCGAUGUCCCUAAUAGGUGGUAUGCAGCAAGAUUCCCUGACGGCUCGCGUCCUUAAGCAGUCGGUUGUGUGACAAGGGAUGUGAGGAGGCUUUGUUGGUGCGCAGGAGAAUUAGGACGAGUGGGUGUUUAGGAAGGGUCUUUUCUCAAGACAUGUUUGACCUGAUAAAUACUUGGGACAUCGUUUUGUGCAUGUGGUGGUGCUUGUGGACGGGGUGCGUUUGUGGGGUCGGAAAGGGGCGUCGGGACGUGGGGGGCACGAGGCAUGACCUUGCGAGAAGAGAAUGCGGGAGGGAGGUCGGACACGGGAGAUUGUAAAAGGAGCUUGAAAGCGUGUUAUGUGCUAGCGUGACGUGGCGCGAGCGUGAGGGAAGAUAUGCAGGUAAACAGUGUCGCGUCAGUGAAUCGACAGAUGCCAGGUGGAGGCAUGUCGACCUGAGUGCGUCGCUCCCUGAAUGUGCGGUUGGACAUUGUGAGGUGGGCACGAGCAAUUUUGGCUGAAUUACGCCGUAGUACACUGCGGAGAGGAUGCCUGCUGCUAUUUUAACUUUAAAUCAAAAGUUACGAUAGCUGCGCAGGUUAAUCCGCCGGAGUUUCCGCUCUGAAAUCUGUAUGCGCGCAAAAAUG